AUGACUACGUCAAAACGAAAGCGGUUGUCGCUUCGCGAAAAAGUUGACAUUUUAGAUUACCGUAAAAAUAACGGAAACGUAGGAAUUCGUGCACUCGCAGAAAAAGUUGACAUUUUAGAUUACCGUAAAAAUACGGGAAACGUAGGAAUUCGUGCACUCGCAGAAAAGUUUCAAGUUGGAAAAACACAGAUAUUGUGUCUAACACAGAAGAAAUUUAUAAAGCGUGGGUUGAAAAUGGAAAUGAAGAACGAAAAUUAACGAAAUUAAGAACAAAUGUGAAGGCAGUGUGAUUGAUAAAAAACUUUUGGUCUGGUUUAGCAAAACUCGAGAAAAAAAUUUGCCAGUUUCCGGACCAACAAUACAGGAAAUGGCUAAACGACUUGCUGGAGUUCACGGAUUAAACGACUUUAAAGCUUCAAACGGGUGGCUGGAAAAAUUUCGAAAAAGACACAACAUUUCGUUUAAGUCUAUCUGUGGGGAAGCUUCAGCCGUUGAUAGAAUAGCUGUUGAUGACUGGAAGAAACAAUUAAAAUAUGUAAUUUGUAAAAACAUAAAAAUGUAAUAAUUUUCAAUAAAUAAUAAGUAAGUAGUAACAUUACAUAUAUGUAUGUAUGUACGUACAUAGUACAUUAUUAUACAAAUAAAUUUCAAAAAUGUAUCCCCUCUGAAUAACGGACGCCUCCGAAUAACGGGCAAAAUGUUGGUGACCAAGAGUGUCCGCUAUUCAGAGGUUUCACUGUAUAUAAUAUUCGUACGGCAUUUCCAUGGUUUCCCGCGCGUCCUACACGCCGUCGUGUACAUCAUGCAGACGCAGAACACGAUUUCAGUAUUCCGAAUAGAGCACCGUUGACUCGACGACGACAAGGAGAUACUGGGCUAUAAUGUCGUCGUGAUGUUAUUAUAAUACUCGAACACCUCCCCCCCCCCCCUCUUUCCCUGCUCGUUUAUUGAUUUUCGUGUGCGUUCAAUCGGACAGACGUCAGUCCGUUUCACGCCUCGCGGACCCUCUCGGCGUGCCCUCUCCUCCCCUCCCUCCCUCCCUUUACCCCUCCCACCGUCACCCUCGUCUCGCGGCGGCCGACGACGACGCGUUCUAUCCGCAACCGGUUUUCGGUUCACACACGCGUUUAAAACGGGAAAAAAAAAAUAUAUAUAUAUUUUUAUAUAUACGACAAAAUAAUACGCUAUUAGAGUCGUAUGCGGCGCCGGAGUGUGUGUGUAUUUUCGGACUUUUUUUUUCCCGGUUUUUUUUUUUGUCGUUUAAAUUUUAACACGGCCUAUUAAUUCGGUCGGGGAUACGGACGCCGCCGACGCCGUGCGCGUAUUCGGGUGUAAAACGACCGGGCCGCCGCCGUAUUAACGCCGGUAUAAUGUACGGGUGUUUUGUAGCGAUCCGAACGAUUCCGACUGCGCGACACCCCGAGAUCGAAUUAUUAUUAUAUUCUUUGGUUUUUUUUCCGACUACGGCGUUACGGCAUAAACAAAACGUAAACACGUAUACGUAUACGUACAUAUCGUUGAGACGCGCGAGAGUAUGUCGGGAGGGCAGGGGGGUGGGAGGGGCGACAGGAGGGUCGAACAGUUACACCUCGUUCGGAAAUAUUUUAAUUGGAAUCCGGUCGCGGUCAGUUUUUUUUCUCCGUGUUAUAUUUACCCUUCGGACUUCUGUACAGCACGUUACCGCAUAGUGUAUUGGACUGCGCGAGCAGUCACGCCGCCGCGAAAUUAAACGCCGUCGCCGGACGACGCUGCACGUCACGUUGUACCGACAACGCGGGACGAUCGAACUCAACGCCAAUAUCAUUCUGAACCGUCGUUAUCGUUCGGUAACAAAUACGCGAUAUCCGAACCGCCGACGGGAGUCGUACGCCGCGCGAGGGGCCGCGUUACAUCGAUUAACCCGCGGCGUUGCGUUCGGUUUUCGCCGCGGACGUCGCGCACACCGUGAACAUUUUGAAGUCGGUUCGGGGCCGAGACGCGCGCGGCUGCUCAUCGCGGCUCUCUGCGCUUUCGGCAGCACCGCCGCGGCGCGAACAAAUAACUCGCGGGUCGACCGAUACGAGUCGUCCUCCCGGCGCCGAUACGGCGGCCCGGUCGGCCGUCUCUUGUUGUUUUCGCGGCGAAAGAGUCGACGGCGGGCGUGUGCCGGCGACCGUCCGCGUUCGACGGCCGAUAUCCGUUACGCGUUGGUUUUUUAUUAACGCAGUGUCCGCGGGACAUCGGUCACGCCCGCGCGGCGUAAGUGCGGACGAAAACGCAAUGUCCGUUAUAUACGGCCGUAACUCGACGGGGAUACGCCGGGAAAAAACCUCAAAAGUUUAUUGAGCGUGGUCGCGUAUCGACACUUAACGGCGGCGGUUUCGGUGGAUUCGUUUGUUUUUUUUUUUUUUUUAUACGAGCGUGCGCGCGAAACAGUUGAACGGAACGCUGUUGACUGCGUUGUAUAGGAACGCGUGUAAACAGAGUGUUUCCACACUCUGAUAUGCCAAAUAGAUUAUAGACGGUAAACGCCCGUUUAUUAAAAAUCAGUAUAGUCCGGCGACAAUAAUAUGGGCGAAAUCUGACGGCUGUGUUUACGCGUAUUCGGCGAUGAAUUCGAUUAUUGCCGGCAUACCUGUACACAAAUCAAAUCUCUAUUAAUCGUGUUCAUUUUCAUAGCCGAUUUAUCCAAAAUUUCAAAAAAAAAAAAAAAAAAACAUAAAUCAAAAAAAAAUCAAAUUUACCGCGUCUCCCCGUUUUCACUUCUAUCCCCAUCGCGGUGAAUCGCUGUCGCCCGGUAAUUUAUCUUUUACAAAUGGCACUUCCGCGUCCGUAAAAAAACCUAAUUAAAUAACACGGGCGAUUAUAAUAACGCCGAAGUAUACCGACAAUGUGGUCAGGCUCUUCGCUAACGUCUACUGUCUCCGUACUCGUAAACUGCUAACUUCUUUCACUCGUGUUUAUCGUAAAUAUUAUUUCACAGAUUGUACGAUAUUUUUAUACAAGAACAGAACAAAAAAAAAGUACAAUAACUAUUUAUUUUUAUUUUUUUCAUCCGUGUCGCCGGAAUAACUCGAAAACCAAAAAUAAUCGAUUUUCGUUCCACCGAAAAUAAAGACCCCUGUGUCGGCCGGGCGUUGUGUUUCGAGACAGACAGCCGCGGGACCUCCGACUCUUUGGUUUGCACGUCAAAAGCGGCAAGGUGUUCCACCGGAUUCGUACGGCGGACGGACAGACAAACACAUACAUCACAUACAGAAUUAUUUCGAUUUCUGUAUUUAUUCGGUUCGGCAUUCGACUGUCGGUUAGCGCGUCGGUGUUUGUCUCGUAUUAUGUACAGAUAUACACAGACGGUAUAGGCGGGUAUACCGCGGCCGCCCGAUUCGCGAUUUUUUUUUUUUUUUUUCUACCGAUCGAUUUUAUAAUUCGAUUUGUCCGUCGCGGUCGUAGCCGCAGCGGCGGCGGCGGCAGCGCAGUGGGUACAGUCGCUGUGUGCCGUAACGCGGCAAGCCCGCGUUACACGCCCGUUUAG